AUGCCUCUCAAACGUCUAGAGAUCGACAACUUCAAAUCCUACCGCGGCCACCAGGUCGUCGGUCCCUUCAAUGCGUUCACAGCAGUCAUCGGUCCCAAUGGUAGUGGCAAGUCCAACCUCAUGGACGCCAUCUCGUUUGUGCUUGGCGUCCGCUCCGCACAGCUCCGUUCCAGCCAGCUCAAGGACCUCAUCUUCCGAGGCCGCAAAAUGGGCGCCGCCAACGACGACGACGACGCUCCUGGUUCGGCAUCCGAAGACGAUGACGACCAGGGCGAGGGCACCGCCACAAAAGCUAGCGUCACCGCCAUCUACGAGGACAACAAGGGCUACGAACAUCGCUUCCAACGCUCCAUCACACUCGCAGGCUCCAGCGAAUACAGAUACAACGGCAGGGCCAUCCAGUAUUCCCAGUACAACGCAAAGCUAGAGCAGUUCAACAUCCUCGUAAAGGCCAAAAACUUCCUUGUCUUCCAGGGCGACGUAGAGGCCGUCGCCUCCCAGGGCUCCAAGGAGCUCAGCCGCCUCAUCGACCAGAUCAGCGGCUCCCUCGAGCUCAAGGAGGAGUACGAGCGCGCAAAGGAGGCGCAGGAACGUGCCACCGACAACUCCACCUUCAACUUCAACAAGCGCAGGGGCAUCAACUCCGAACUCAAGCAGUUCCGCGAGCAAAAGAGCGAGGCCGAAAAGUUCCAGCGCCUCCAGACCGAGCGCCUACAGCACAUCCUCAACCACAUCCUCUGGCGCCUCUUCCACAUCAACGACGACAUCGAACUCAACACUCAGUUCGUCAAGACCCAGGCAAAGAACAUGCGGCCCCUGCGCACAGAGCACAAGAAGGCAGAGGACGCCGUGCUCAAGGCAAGGCGCGAUCAGGGACACACCCAGACCGAGAUCCUCCAGCUCGAAAGGGCCAUGAAGCGCAAGCAGCGCGACAUCGAAGAUAUCCGCCCCACUCUCGACGCCUACGAAGAGAAGAUCACCAUCUCCCAAAAGAAGCUCGACAACGGCGCCCGCAUGACCGAGCAGGUGGAGCGCGACCUUGAAAAGCAGCGCGCCAACCUCGCCAAGCUCGAGCGCGACCAGCAGACCGUACAGCGCGCAGCAGACCGCGCUGCACAGGAGCAGCAGCGCGCUCUCGAGUCCGCCGGCCUCACCCUCAGCGAGGCCGACCUUGGCGAAUACCACAACCUCAAGGCGCAGGCCAACCUCGAGGCAGUCGCAGAACGUCAGGAACUCGACACCCUCAAGCGAGAGGCGAGGAUCAAGGCAGACGCCGUCAAGGACUACGAGGACAAGCUCGACCAAUUCACAAAGCAGAAGGACAAGCUCCAGGGCGAAGAGUCGACGCUCUCCGACAGGCACGCCUCGCUCGAAGCCAAGCGCAUCCAGAUCGACACGGAUCUGCGGGCCGCACGCGACGAGCUCGCCAAGACGCAGGCAAAGCACACCGCCAUCAACCAGCGCGAGACAAAGCUCAACGACACGCUCCAGGUGUGCUACAACAAGCUCCUCCAAGCGGGCAACGACCUCAAGGAGGUCGAGAGGGAGGCGGCCAUGAAGGAGACCAUGGCCAAGCUCCAGCGCAUCUUCCCCGGCGUUCGCGGCCGCGUCGUGGAUCUGUGCAAGCCCGUGCAGCGCAAGUACGACACGGCCAUCGCCACCGUGCUCGGCCGCAACACGGACGCCAUCGUCGUCGACCAGGAAAAGACCGCCAUCGACUGCAUCGAAUACCUGCGCAACACGCGUGCCGGCCAGGCCACCUUUUUGCCGCUCGACCGCAUCCAGGCCAAACCCAUCAACGACCGCCUGCGCAGCAUCGCCCGCGGCGCGCGUCUCGCUGUCGACGUCAUCCAGUUCGACGCUUCCAUCGAGCGCGCCAUCCAUCAUGCGUGCGGCAACGCGCUCGUCUGCGACACGAUGGACAUUGCCCGCAGCGUCGUCUACGACCGCAAGGUGGAGGCCAAGGCGGUCACGCUCGAGGGCACCGUGAUCCACAAGAGCGGUCUCAUCACCGGUGGCCAGUCGAGCUCGUCCGGCGGCAAGCGCUGGGAGGAGCGCGAGGUGCAGGGCCUCACCACGCAGCGCGACAAGUGCCUCGCCGAGCUCAAGGAGCUGCAGAAGGAGAAGCGCGCGUUUGUCAGCGACGACGACAUGGUGGCCAGGAUCAGCCGUCUGGAGGCCGACCUGCGCUCGGUGCAGGAAGAGGUGGGGGCGGCGAGCACGCGUCUGGCGGGCGUGCGCGACGAGCUCAAGAACAACGACAAGCAGACCAAGGAGAUGCAGCCCAAGCUGCGCGCGGCGCGCACUGAGCACGACAAGCUGCAGCGCAGCAUGGCGAGCCUCGACACGGUGGUCAACCGCGAAGAGGACCGCAUCUUUGCGCCCUUCUGCCGCCGCAUCGGCGUGGACAACAUCCGCGAGUACGAGGAGCGCCAGGUGCGCCUCAUGGAGCGCCAGAGCGACGCGAGGCUCGAGUUCGAGUCGCAGCUCGCGCGCCUCACGCACCAGGCCAACUUUGAGCGCCAGCAGAUCGCCACCACCGAGGAGCGGCUCGAGACGCUGCGUGCAGCGAUCGCGCGCGAGGGCGACAAGCUGCGCGCGUGGCAGGCGCAGAAGCAGGGCAGGCAGGACGAGCUGGACGGCAUGCAGGGCGAGAUCGAGGAUAUGCAGACGCAGCUCGCCGAGCUGCAGACCACCAACGAGGCCAAGAAGGCGGCGCUCGAGAAGAGGCGCACCGAGCUCGCCAAGGCGGCGCGGCUGCUCGACUCGCUGGGCAAGGAGAUUGCGGCGCGCAACGACGAGAUCGAGCGUCUGGGCUCGGAGCGCGCGGCGAUCUACCGACGCUGCCGCCUGGAGGAGAUUGCGCUGCCACUACUCAAGGGCUCGCUGGCCAAGGUGGGGCUGGAGGAGACGAUCGAUGUGGACGUGCCGAUGGAUGUGGAUGACGACGACAACACGCAGAAGCCCAUGGCGGCGCCGGAUUUCGGCAUCCAGGUGGACUUUAGCACGCUCGACGACGAGGCCAAGGAGGACGGCGGGGUGGCGAUGGGCAACGAGCUGCAGACGCGCAUCGAGAGCAUCACGGCCGAGAUCGAAAAGAUGUCGCCCAACAUGAAGGCGGUUGAGCGGCUGGACGAUACCGAGGCGAAGCUGGCCGAGACCGAGAAGGAGUUCGACCGCUCGCGGCGCGCGGCCAAGGAGGCGCGCGACGAGUUCAGCCGCAUCCGCAAGCGGCGGUGCGAUCUGUUCAACAAGGCCUUCUACCACAUUUCGACGCAGAUCGAUGCGACCUACAAGGAUCUGUCGCGGUCCAAGGCGGCGCCUAUGGGUGGAUCUGCGUAUCUGUCGAUCGAGAAUACCGAAGAACCCUACCUGGGCGGGAUCACGUACUCGGUGGUACCGCCGAUGAAGCGGUUCAGGGACAUUACGGCGCUGUCGGGCGGAGAAAAGACCAUGGCGGCGCUGGCAUUGCUGUUUGCGAUUCACAGCUUCCAGCCGGCUCCGUUCUUUGUGCUGGACGAGGUGGAUGCGGCGUUGGACUCGCAAAACGUUGCCAAGGUGAGCAACUACAUCCGCCAGCACGCCAGCGACCAGUUCCAGUUCAUCGUCAUCUCGCUCAAGGCGUCGCUGUACGAGCGCUCGCAGAGCCUCGUCGGCAUCUAUAGGGACCAGGACGUGAAUUCGUCGAGUAGUCUUACGCUCGAUCUGGAGCAGUAUGCGUAG